GAAAGGAGCUGUCUUGUACCACAAUCAGACCGCCCAUCCGUCCUGAUUCCAAUACCACUAUGCCACCUCUAAACGACGCUCAAAUGUACCACGCCAUUGAGUGCGUUCGAAAGUCAUUGGCUACCUCUCAGGACCCCUUCGUCAACGCCUUCCUCGUCAGGGCCCACCCCCCGCAGCUGCACGCAGAAGACAGUGUCCACGUUGUACCUGUACCCCUCUCGAAGGACAAUCCCUACCGACGCGGUCUGUGGGGGCUUAAUGUUCGGGACUAUAUUGAAGAAGGCAACAUGGUAGACAUUCACAAAGUCGGUCCCUUCGGGAAAGAAUCGUCCCAUGCGUAUGCCUUUUUGAUUUGCUCAGACUACGAAACACUCGAUGUCAACAUGAACUUUAAUCUCUUCUCUGUCGAUGAGCCCGGCCCGCAGCUCAAAGGCGACAUUUUGAUCAUUUUAUCUGACGAAGAUGGCAAUUUGAUUGACGCCGAAGAUAAGGCCCCACAGUCGCCCAUCAAGGAGGUCGUCAGCCGCUUCAACCUCAACACGCAGUAA